CAUCCACUUUAAUAAAUGGAGGCGUAGAUGUAUGACUACGAAGGCUGUCCGUGGUGAGAAGGGAAAGGAAGGGUCGAAUUUCUUGAUUUGUAAACAUUAGAUUUCAACAAUCUGUGAUUGAAUAGCUAGAACUCCUUUUCGAGGAACUAAGCUUUAUAAAGACUUACUUCAAAAACACAUGAAAUGGCGGCUAGCAGUGCCGGAGGGAAGAACUUUAAGGUGGUUUUGCUCGGAGAAGGCUGCGUCGGAAAGACGUCACUGGUAUUGCGAUACGUAGAAAACAAAUUCAAUGAUAAACACAUUACAACAUUGCAGGCAUCAUUUCUCAACAAAAAGCUGAAUAUAGGAGGAAAACGUGUAAACCUUGAUAUAUGGGACACAGCAGGUCAAGAGAGAUUUCAUGCAUUAGGACCUAUCUAUUACAGAGAUAGCAAUGGGGCAAUAUUAGUGUAUGAUAUAACAGAUGAAGACUCAUUCACAAAGGUUAAGAACUGGGUAAAGGAAUUGAAGAAGAUGCUAGGCAAUGAUAUCUCAUUAUGUAUAGCUGGGAACAAAAUUGAUCUGGAAAAGCAGAGAAAUGUAUCAGUAGCAGAUGCAGAAGCAUAUGCUGCAUCAGUCGGAGCAAAACACUUUCACACAUCAGCUAAACUCAACAAGGGAAUAGAAGAAAUGUUUCUUGAUCUUAGCAAACGUAUGUUAGAAUCGAAUUUCCUUGAUGAUGGUGGAGGAAGCAGUAGCCGAGCUUCUAAACACAAAAGUGUUACGAUAGUAGAAGAUACAGAGGAGCCUAAGAGUGGAGGAUGCUGCUAAUAUACAGCCUCUGGUCAAUAGAGGGAGCAAUUCAUAUUUGUGAAGUCAAGUGUACUUCAGUGACAGGCAUGACCCGAUAUUUCUUCUUAUUGUGUUCAUGUGCUGUGGAUGCUUGGAGGAUUAAAAACUGUGAUGAGCCUUUAACUUCUUCGCUAUUGAAUUCUGUAAUUCCCAUAGAUUUAAUACAGGAACAUGUGUUUCCAGUGGGCAAUGGGUUAACCUGUUGACUAUCGACUUCUGUGAUUACAGUAGGCUAUGUACAGGGAUCACCUAGUUCUAGUAAGCAAUGGGUUAAACUGUUGACUGCUAACUUCAGUAAUUCCAAUAGGCUACAUGUAUGUACAGGUACCAACUACAUGUACUAAUUAGUUCCAUUAUGCAAUGGUUAACCUUUUAACUACUGAAUUCUGUUCGCCUAAAGAUUCUUGUUUACAGGUACCAGCUGUAUAUAGUGGGCGACAGAUUAACUUGAUGAACACUGAAUUUGGGGUUUGGCUUUUAUAAUGUGUAGGGCUGGAAUUCUGAAAAUUAUUUUAUCUUUACAUGCACUUUCAUUCUUGAAAUUGUCAUAACAGUGGAGGCACCUUAGUGAUUGGUUGAAGUGUAGAAAGCUCAGCCACUGGACCGGCAUGCAAGCCAAAAGUGUGCAAUAAAACCAAACCUGAUUUCAGAUAGCUAUGACAAUUCAAUAAGAUAAAUGAAGAGAUAAUUUUCCCAAUACCGAGCCAGAUUUUCAAAGGCACAGUUUUCCUUGUAUCGGUGGUCUCAAAAUAACCAAGAGUCAUUCGGUGUAUGGCCAGGGCCGUCUUGUUGAGGAGGGGGGGGGGCAUAUUUAAAUUAGUUAAACCAUGUUGCGUUCGCAUUAUUCUUGUGAAUCCCAAGUAGCAGCAAGAUUGUUAUUGAAAAGGUUCAGUGAAAAUCAUCUGUUACAACUUGAGCAUUCCUGUGAAACUAUUCUAGUAUCAUUAUAUAUAAAUCAAGAAUCCAAACUUAAUUUGAAGAUAAAAUCUGCAACAUCUCGGGUUAAAUGAUCAUCAUCAUUCCUUUGAAUGAGGUUGUUUCACGUUUUGAAGAUAUCUUUGAGGUAGGGGAUUACAAAGACACAGUCUGUAUACUUUGACUGAAUGCAUGGUGAUCUUUGUGACAUUAUUCUUAUGGCAGUUUUCAUGCUAUGAUGUACAAAGUUUUGGAAUGUAUAUGUACAUAUAUCUUCAAUCUGCUAAUGGAGAAAACCUAUGUAUUCUGCUAGGUAUGGGAGUAAAACUCAGAACAUUCUUUAAACAUCAGAUUACUACCAGUCGACAACAAAUACUAUUUACACUAAUUGAAUGCUUGCUAGAUGUUGAUUACUGAUUUGAGACAUUUGAUUAUUAAAAGUGCGUGGCUAUAAUCUCUGAUAUUUGACAACAAAAUGCAAGUUAACAAUUCAAAUUUUUAAUAAAAUUUAAGGCAUUCUAAAUGUUGCAACUCUUUCAAGACAUGACAAUGAUGACCGUGCUAGAGACCAUUCAUCACCUAGCUGUAUUGAUGUACAUGUACACUCACACUCUACUAAGUAAGCUCACUCAUUGUGAGUGAACAUAGCCACACUUAUUAAUCAAAUGACAUUGGAACAGUGCUGACCAAUACACCCAUAAAUAAUGCUGUAUCAACGUGACGUAAUCGCAGGAAUUUAUCAUGGUAAACAAACUGCAAAAAGAUAUUCAUCCUGCAUGAUAUUUACUUAAGUUGUACAUUUACAUUGAAUAUUUCAGGUUGUGUUAAUAAUAUUCAUCUUCUUAAAUGAGACAUUAAAAUUUCAUCUGAUAAUCAGUCUACUUAUGUGGCACAUUAGUUGCACUUUAUCGUUUAAUCAAUUCUUGUUUAUGAUUUUGUACCUAUAAGGUGUAUUUCAUAAUGAAAUUAAUAACAAUGAUAAUAUUAAGCAGUUCUUAAAGAUGCAUAAUACCAUAUGAAUAGUCUCUAUGCAUGUGGAAGUAUUGUUUUGUAUAGGGCUAAUACAUGUGCUUCUUUAAAAGGUUAGCUUUUAUAGUUUUUACACAGAUUUCAAUCCAUUGAAAUCUGUUAUUGAUCUAAUAUUAAGAGGUAGGUUUCACAAUUCUGAAGCCAUUUUUCCAAUUAAUUUAUAUAUUUCAUGUUAUUUAAGUGUAUUUUUCCCCCUUUUUGGUGCCUUUCAAAAAGGGGCCUUCCUACCUGUCAUAAUAUCAAUCAUCCAUAUGAUAUAGGCUUUCUUGCACAAUCUCAAUUUCUUAGAAGCCUAUUCUCAUUAGAGAUUUUGGUCAUUCCAGAAAUCAAGUCCAUUGGCAAGUGAAAGCAAAGCAUUGUCAAAAACAAAUAUUGCUUCAUCUUUGUUCUCUUGACACCAUGAGGGUGUUUCACAAAAACUAAAUAUUUCUAAAACUACACUUAAAUUCCCAUUUACUAGCAGCAUAUAAAGCAUCUACAUGCUUAUUUAUCAAUGAGAUUACUUACAUAUCAAGUGAGUUUUGGCAUUUGUACAUGACUUUUUAACUUUUUUUUGAAUUCCCUACAAAUGUUUAUUCUUGCCCCUGCCCGGGUAAGAAAUACAUAAUUAUACCGGGAAAGAAAUUGUGAAUUCUUGAAAGUGGUGAAGAUGUACUUGUACGAGGACGAUAAUGUAGAAUUUACUUGAGAAUGGGCAAUACAUGAAAAUAUUCCUGAAGUAUUUCUACCAUCCCUUUAAACUAAGGAAAAUGUACUUUGUCAUUGUGCUGCAUUACAACAACAACAACAACAAAAUAGAUGGAUGUAUACAUAGUGGAGGAAAUAUUAUGUAUGUUGCAAAGAUGCUUACUAUAGAUUCACUUUCAAAGUGAUGGUCUUAAAGAUAUUGCUAAAGCUAUAUGGAUUACAUAUUGUUGACUUUAUUAUUUAUUUAGCAUAGCUCGAGUCAGUCUCAUCGAAAUUAACUUGAAAAAUAUAUUUAUGAUUUUUGUUUUGUUCAGCAGCAAUAUUUGUAAUUUACCACCUUAUUUUUGCCAUUUUGUCCUAUUCAUAUAAGUUCUUGUCUCUUUAUAUGUUAAUAUGAAGAACGUCAUUAAGAAUAGAGGGAAAGAGUUUUCACGACAUUGAGGUUAUUAAGUAAUCCUGACGUAGUUUCAUGUUACUCAGCGGUCUUCGGAUUGAUGGACUUUCCUCAGAGUUGAUUUCAUGUUGAUGGCGUCUUGCCCUUGGCCUGAUUAGAAUUAACAUGGGGUACUGUUUCUCAUAUACAUGAGACCAUCUUGUGUGUCAUUUCAUCAUUGAAUUUCACACACAAGUGCCAGAAAUGAGUGAAAAACUCACCAAAAUCCAUGUUGACUAUAUAUACACAAAUAAGUUUGUUUUUCUUGAAUUACUCAAAAUGAAACUAUUGUCAUUCUUACAUGUAUAUUAAACCGAGUUGUUUUAUUGUAUGCAGUCUGAAAGCUAAGUAUCCACUUGAUCUCGCCUCCCCCUUUUCACAAAAUACAACUGGCCAUACUGAAAUGAUCCCUCGCCCAACGCUGUUGAAAUUCGAAAAUUUCUUGUUUGCAGAUUUGUAUGUAAUUAAGAAAAAUGAAAAUACAAUAUAUACUUCUCUUUUUAAGAUUAUUUGUAUAUUAUGUAACUUAUCUUUGUAUUACACUGUGUUUUGUAGAUAAAUUAACUACACAUUCUGAAUAGGUUACUACAUGUAAUAGAGGAAUUACAAAUUACAAGGAUAUGUGAAUACAAAGCGUAUAUAUUACUAGAACUAUUUCCUCUGUAGUUAGAUUAUUGAACUUAUUUAUGCAGUUUUAUACUUUGCAUGUUCUCAUUCUCCCACGGCCUGUUGACCUCCCCCGAAUAUAUAAUGGAAUGUUCCUCAUUUAUAUGCGUGAGAAUGUGCCAAUUACUGUAAUGGUCUAAAAUGUAUUGUAUGUGAUAUUAUUUUGGAAACAAAUAGAAUAUUUGACAGCUCAAGACUCACAUAAAGUGGCUAGGGCGGGUUUUCAGUAAGAUAGAUAGAUAAGUGGUUUAUUAAUAAAAUAAAUAUCAAAACAUUAUUGCGGCUAAGACUGAAUUGUAUUAACAAGAUGAUAAUGACACAAAAAAUUUUCAAACAUUAACAGAGAUAAUUACAUAAUAGAUAAAUAAAUAUAAUAUGGUACUGAAAUUACCCAUCAUUGUGGGAUUUUGGAAAGAAAUAUCAACGGGAAACUCAAUCGGGUGUCUGUAGAGAAUGACUAGUGGGCAUGUCGUUUUAGGAUAAUAGUUAUGUCUACAUGUACGUAAAAAACAGAAAUAUUCAACAGUUCGACAAAACGUAUCUUUAAAUGAUGAAAUCAUAAGAUAUACAUAUGGAAUACAUUUACAUGCAUGUGUAUAAUUAUGAUUUUCUAAAAAUGUGGGUAUUUGAGAUUAAUUCCUCCAAUAUAUUGUUUGUUUACAUUUACUUAUAUCAUUAAUCAGCCAAAAUGAAUUUUUGGACUUGGAAAAUCAAAAUUUUUAAACAAGACUGUCAUAUAUUUUGUAGAUUACAUGUACAACUGUGCCGCUACCUACACUUGACAUAUGAAAUCACUGAUAUUAUAAAUUAAAGCCUAGAUACGAAAGUUUGUGUAAGUCUUUUAUUUUAACAGCUGAUGAUUUCAAUGCAUGCAUUAUUCCAAAGUACACAUGAAACCUUUAACUGACCUUCCCUCAGUAUAUGAGUCUCUACUGAAAAUCUGAAUCAGCUGAUGUUUCAUGACACAAAUAAAAUUCUGUUUGGUUUAAAUCUAAGAUUUACAUUCUCUAGAUUCAAAUCCUAAAAAUUAACAUUAAAUCUAGUUUGUCAGUGGCUAGUUCACUUAACAAAUUUAAUAUAAAUUAGGUCAUACUAGUAGUGGAAUAUUUUAUAGGCACAUUUCUAUAAAUGUGAAGUUGUUUAUAAAAUUCAUAUUAUUGUUCUGUCAUCUUCAUCAAACUCUCUGACUUUUCAGCAAACCAAGUUUAGUUUGAUAUAAUUUAUUUCAUGCAUGUUUGGUUUAUUGCAAUUUAGAUUUUAUUCUGAUGGAGAUUGUUUAAUACAUGACAGCAGUUAUUGAAUUGUUGAAUCCUUCAGUAACUUGCAAUGUUGUAAUUUACAAGAAAUGUAAACUAAAUGUGUAUACUGGAAAAUAAAUUGAAAAAAAAGACAGGAAAUGAUUAUCUAUACACAGA